GCCUCUUCCAUCCGACCUGCCUCUCCCAGGGCUCGCUUCCUCUCCGUUUCCUCGCGGACCAACCCAAAGAUCUUAGAGCAAGACCAACCCGCAGCUAGCUGCACGUCAGGCGAGGGCCCGAGGCUGCCGACCGGGCCUGUGCCGGCACCAUGCGCGGCCUCGUCGCUGUCCUGCCCGCUCUCUCGCUCCUGCUGUUGGAGCCGGCGGAGGCUUUCGUAGUCUGCUCCGUUGUGGCUGCCUAUUGAAAGAGCUUUUUGGAGACAGAAAAUCCAUGUAGAGAGCAUCUACUGAAUUCGCUUAAUUAACCUUCUCUGCUUCUUCAACAAAAAUUAAGUCAGGGGAAAUUUCCAGAACAGGACACAGCAGAAGAUGGUUAUCAUGGUGUAUCCCCUGUGAAUGCAUUUCCACCACAGAAUCACUAUGGCAUCUAUGACAUGCUGGGAAAUACAUGGGAAUGGACUGAAUCGGAGUACGUUCCAGCAGGCCCACCGGUAAAGGUUGAAUCUCAGAAGAUUUACGUUCUGCGUGGAUCCUCAUGGAUUGACAUGUGGAUGGACUCGUGAAUCAUAAAGCACGGGUCACAAGCAGGUGCGUUUGGCUGACAAGGAAUAUUACAAUUGCAGUGCCUAUCCUGCAAUCUCUAUUUUUGAUUUUUACUGUGAGCAGCUACGCUCUGUGUUUGUGUAUGAAUCCAGGAAUUAUUGCCAGAGAUUCUGUCGACAUCAGUGGGAUUCUGGAUGCCCCAGAGGUGAUCAUCAAUGGCACCAUAUUUACCAGCAAGUGGUGCCAUAUCUGUAAGAUCUACCGUCCCCCAAGAUGUCGACACUGCUACAGCUGCGAUGUGUGUGUAGAGGAUCUUGACCAUCACUGUUUCUUCCUUAAAAAGUGCAUUGGGAAAAGAAACCAUCGUUUUUUCUACACUUUACUCUUUUCCCUAACUGUCUAUUUUCUUCUCAUGUUUUCCUUCUGCACUAUCUUUCUAGUGAAGUAUCCCAAUGCAAUAUUUCUAUCCAAGAUCACCACUUUUAUUCUUGCUACAAUUUCGCUUCUUGCUUCUGUACCGUUAUUUUUCUUUUUCGUUUUUCACACUUACCUCAUCGCAGCUGGAAUGACCACGUAUGAGCAGAUUUUGAGGACAUAUAAAAAUGACAAGAAUCCUUUUCACAAAGGAUGUUGGAGAAACUUUACUGCCCUGUUGUUCGGUAACCAGCUAUCGAGUUGUACAACAGUGACUGAAGUCACUGAAGUCACUGUGAUCCCAGGUCAUCUGGUGGAAUGUCCAUCCGUCAGUUCAAAGUGUGCUGACACCACAUCUAUGACUUUUAUAUCCAUCCUAUCUCGUUCCAAUGCUAACUGGAACGAAUAUAACAAACGAUUUUCCUUGCUACCUUCCCACUUGUUACCUUCCCACCCCACUUCCCUUCCCCCAUAG